UGAUAUGCCCUGGAAGGAUGAUUUGGAGAUGCGCUGCGUCGUUGGAAUCCUGACGAUCCCUCAUGCUGACUUGCCUCCCUUGAUAGCGAUUCCAGAAGGAUGCGAUUUGGCGCCAGAUGCAGGAAUACAAACGUGAAAAAUCGUCCUUGGAAGCCAAGGUGAAAGAGAUGUCCAAAGCGACGGCCUAUCACAACGACCAUCUUCGGAUAAUCGAUGCGUGGUAUCAACAAAUGAUUGACGAAAUAAAAAUUCUCAUGGGAACCCCCGGAAAUACCCAAGACGUCCCAUCUUUCCAGAGUUCGCUGAUCUUCGAUGAAUCCGAGAAGUUUGAGAAACAUCUAAAAUCCCGCUCAGAGGGCAUCCGUCACAUUGUCUCCGGCUUUCUCGCCAACGCAGCAAAGGCGUCCCCCGACGUGUCCGACUUACAAAGCCAACUCGCCAAGAAAUUGUCGGAAGAGAAAUCCACCAUCGCGGAGCUCGAAAAGGCUUUGUCUGAAAAGCAGCAACUCGAGGAGAGUUUGGAAGAGGCCUCGUUACGCUACAUGGUAGCGGAAAAGAAACUGGACCGUGCGCGCAGCUUGACCGCCGCCAAGUUGGAAAAGCAGUACAUCUUCGGCGCGCAGCGACCAGGGGGCGACAGCGCAUCGGGGCAACGCGAACGAGAGGAUCAGGCCGGUUCGAAUGGCGCCACGCCUGGCGUUGAACGCAGCCCCGAGUCGGAGGAGGCGUACCAUAGACUCGCAGCCGUUUCAGAGAAGCAGAAGGAGCAUCUGCAGAAGCUAGAGGCGGAGAACACCAGUUUAUUGGGUCAGAUUACGGAUUUGAAUAUCAAGCACUCGAAAUUGACGGAUGACGAUUAUGCGCACACGGACUUGUUCAAGUACUUGAAAUCUCAGUAUGAGGAUGUCGUGAAACGGAUCAACCAUCUAGAGGCGACCAACGUGCAGCUUCGGGAAGAGUCGGCCAAAUUACGAUCGGAACGAACCGCAUACCGCAACCGGGUGGACGAAGAGACGCAAGCUGCUAUUGCUGAAAAGGAAGCGCAGUUGAUGCGCGCGGAGAAUGAUCUAGCACGCAUACGAAACGCCCGCGACGAAUUAUUGGCCGACCAGCAAAUGCGAAAAGCCGCUCAGGAACAAGAAAGGACGGCCACCACCAAGGUCCAGGAUUUGGCGGAGGCCGGGAAAGCCCAGAUUGCUUCGAUGGAAUCUGAGGUGGAACGACUACGGUUGCAACUCGACAGCGCCAAGGCCGCGCAACCGGCGCUUGACGACACGCCAGUUGAAGAGUUACGGACCAAAUACCAGACCCUGGAACGCCAAUACUCCAUGCUCAAUACGGAAUUAUCGUCGAUGCAAACCGCCUGCAAAAAAUACUCUUCGUUAGCAUCGCAGAAGGUGACGGACUUCGGCGCAUUGGAGGAGAAGGUCGCGCGGCUCGUGGCCGAAAAAUCAAAGGCCGACCAGAAGUAUUUUGCAGCGAUGAAAAGCAAGGAGGCGCGGGAGAUGGAGGUGCGCACCCUGCGGAUGCAGAAUUCCAAGAGCUCGGACAUCAUCGCCCAGUUGAAGGAGGCCGAGGGGGCCACUCGUUCUCUGCUGGCCAACAUGGAGAAGCAAGUGAGCGAGACGAAGGAGGCACUCAACUCGAUGAUGAGUAAACACUACGCCGCGCAACAACAGAUCACCGAGAACGGCAUCGUCAUGGACGGAUUACGGGGUCAGAUCACAGAACUGAAGACCGUCGCCAAGUCGAAAGAUUCCACUCUCGCGAGCACAUCGAGUGCGUGUCGUCAAGCGGAGACGGAGGUCGAAGCCUUGAAGGCAACGCUCGCCGAUACCAAGAAGAGCUUGGAGAAUUGGAAGAACAAAAGUCUUGGCAAUUCGUCCUCCGAGUACGAAAUGUUGAGGACUCUUGCCCUUUGUACAGUUUGUCGCCGGAAUUUCAAGAACACUGCAAUCAAGACCUGCGGUCACGUCUUCUGCAAGGACUGUGUGGGCGAACGUCUCAAGUCCCGAUCCCGCAAGUGUCCCAACUGCAACCGGUCCUUUGGGAAUAACGACUACAUGCACGUUACUCUGUGAUCGAGGAUGCACCCUUUCUCGAUCUCAUCUCACCUACCCUUCUUGUACUAUAGCCUUUUUUCUUCUUUCUUUCGCCCUUUGUUCCUUUCUACCCUCCUAUUGCCUCUUACUCCAUUUUAUUCUCGUCCCUUGACUUAC